CGCUUGAGGAGCUGCGAGACGCCGCUUUGGCGCGGUUGGGUCGAUGUAGAAGAUUCGAGGCAGCAGACGCGAUCGAGUUGGACUUCCUGCAAGCACUGGAAUUUGUGGCUAGGUUUCUCGAGAGGACUGCGAAAGCGUCCAUCUCUGGCACUAUAAUCACUUCAACGUGUUCUGCGCUAGAGGAGGCACAACAGACGGAGGCAAGAAGGACUGCCUUGCGGUGUUUUCAAGACAACGUUGGAGCCUUGGUGGAAGACUGUUUGCGCCGCUCCAUCUCUUCCACUUGUCGUGAAGUAGGAGACACAGGAGGAGAUGGUCCCACACUCGGCAUGCUUUUGGAUAUACACCCAGGUACGGAUUGGUUCUGUCAGAGGUUGGCGGCAGCAACUAAAGAGGGGAGGACCGUUGAGACAUCUUGUCAGGGCGUCCUAGGGGAGAUGAAUGUCAGCGCAAUACGAUAUAGCGGCCAAGAACUUGUGGACAUCAAUAUUGGAAAUGUUCGUGUUCCUGUUAAAGAACUGUUGUCGAAUUAUCAGACCUGCAUACAGGCUCACGGCGAAACGUUUUUGCAAGUCCUUGCUGAGGCUACCGGAGAGUGGAUGAGUGGUUGCGUCGAGGAGACUCGAAGGCUAGCAGAGGUGCUAGGACCUCCGGUUUUCGCAGUGACGAACUCCAAAGACGAUGUCCCAGCAGAAAUAAAGGGCUCUGUGCGUACGGCUUCUCGUUUGAUGGAAAAAACGCCAAGCACCCGAGGAACCUUGUUGGCAAGCGCAGAGGUGCUUUCAGACAGUCGGGGAGCAACAGCCUCCGUUCUUGGUGCCAUUGACCAUGAUAGUGCAGAUGGCGUCGCUGUGGAGCAAAAAGAUGACCUCCGGAAUGUUAAAGUAGAUUCUCCUGUGGACGCGUGCUCACUAGUAGACGCUGACUUACCACGACUAGCCUCGCCACUGCAACUGAACAGUGCAGGGGAUGGGCUACCGAGACCGUUUUCCGUUGAUAGUGCAGCACCAGGAGUUGUCAUUUAUUCGCCGCAAAUAGCGACACAUGUCCGGUCGGUGCUUGCAAGUCGUGGCACUAACGCCAGUUGUACAGGAGUAGAGUCCAGCACCUCGUAUAGGACCCUGUCGCACAGCCCUGGCAACUACGGUAGAGUUAGUUCCUCUUCGUCUUUCCUUCACAGUACUGAUCUUUGGUCUUUGUCGACGCUAGACCGUGCGAAGUGGAUCCACCUUUUUCUGUCUGAAAGGAUAGAGUGCGCUGAGGAGGCUUUGGCAGAGGCUGAGGAAAACGUGGUUCAGGCGAAGCGUGCGUUGCGACUUGCUGAAACUCGUAAAUCGUUGCAUGAAAGCACGAGACGACUUAGAGGUGGAGGACUUUCAUCCUGUGCGUCUAUAGAGUGGCAGAGCACCGAAGAUAAGAAAUGCAAGGGACGAGGGGACUUAGUGGUCACUUGUAUGGCAAACGACGAAGCCAACGCGUUGCUAGAUAAGCUUUCCGUUGGUCAUGUUGGACAUGGAAGACGAGGCCUGGCGACGAACGUUAUGUCGCUUGCAAGCAUAUCUAGUGAGAAUGCCUUUGCGAACCCAGAUUGCAUCAUCGUCGAC